UCGUAUAGGAACAAUUGACACAGAGACAAGAAGUGACGUUAUGUAUUUCUUCCGGUACGUCUGGAAGCCUGAAGUUUCGCUCUUGUUUGUAAUGUCAGGGCAGUUUCUCAAAUAUUGCUAUUUUUAGUUUGAAUUAUGUAUCUUUGUGGAGCUUAAAAACAUGAUUUUGUUAUACGAGGAUAGUCAAAGAAACGAUUAUAUUUUACAUGGGCGAUAACGUGUUGUUUGUUUACACUUUGAUGGAGGAUUUUUAAUAGCUUGCAUUGUUUUAAGGAAGGGCACUUGAACUUGACUGGCCAAUAAAAUUCUUGCAUUUUCAAAUGGAAAUGAAACUGUCGCCACCAGUCUUUACGAUGGGGCUGUGUGCCACUGUUGUUAUUUCUCUGUAAAGUAGUAUGUUGUUAACCAUUGGUGGAUCGAACAUUUAGCCAGCUUCGCCUGGACGAUUUCUGAAAAAUAUCUUUUGGAUUUUCAUGGAGGAGGCUGCUGGUUACGUGUAUAAAGCUGCUAGUGAAGGUCGUGUGUUAACGUUGGCUGCCCUUCUUUUAAACAGAAAGGAGAAUGAAAUUCGAUAUCUGCUCAGUUACGUGACCCAGCAUGGUGGACAGCGCUCAACCCCACUUAUUAUUGCAGCCCGAAAUGGGCACACUAAAGUGGUCCGCUUACUUUUAGAACACUAUCACGUUGAUACGCAGCAAACAGGAACAGUGAGAUUUGACGGGUUUGUAAUUGAUGGGGCUACAGCUUUAUGGUGUGCUGCUGGAGCUGGACAUUUUGAAGUUGUGAAGCUACUGGUCAGUCAUGGAGCUGAUGUUAACCAUACAACAGUUACUAAUUCAACACCACUUAGGGCUGCUUGCUUUGAUGGCAGAUUGGAUAUUGUGCGGUACUUAGUAGAAAACAAUGCCGAUAUUGGUAUUGCAAACAAGUAUGACAAUACCUGUCUUAUGAUUGCAGCUUACAAAGGCCAUACAGAGGUGGUAAAGUAUUUGUUGGAACAACAUGCUGAUCCUAAUGCAAAGGCUCACUGUGGAGCUACAGCACUUCAUUUUGCUGCUGAAGCUGGACACCUGGACAUUGUAAGAGAGUUAGUAAAAUGGAAUGCUGCUAUGGUGAAGAAUGGUCAUGGGAUGACACCAUUAAAAGUAGCAGCUGAAAGUUGCAAAUCAGAUGUAGUUGAACUUUUACUUUCUCAUGUGGACUGUGAUAGAACUAGUAGAAUUGAGGCACUGGAGCUGCUGGGUGCCUCUUUUGCUAAUGAUCGAGAAAAUUACGACAUUCUAAAGACUUACCAUUAUUUAUAUUUGGCAAUGCUGGAGAGGUUUAGAGAUUCAAGGAACAUCAUUGAGAAAGAGGUCCUUCCACCAAUUGAGGCUUAUGGCAACAGAUAUGAAUGUAAAAAUCCACGAGAACUGGAAAUCAUAAGACAGGACAGAGACGCUCUUCACAUGGAAGGACUCAUUGUCAGGGAACGGAUUUUAGGCUCAGAUAAUAUUGAUGUCUCCCAUCCCAUUAUUUACCGUGGAGCAGUGUAUGCUGAUAAUAUGGAAUUUGAACAGUGUAUUAAAUUAUGGCUGCAUGCUUUACAUUUGAGGCAGAAAGGCAACAGAAAUACUCAUAAAGACCUUCUUAGAUUUGCUCAGGUAUUUUCACAGAUGAUACAUUUGAAUGAACCAGUAAAAGGUAGAGAUAUUGAAAGUGUUUUGAGGUGUAGUGUUGUAGAAAUUGAAAGAGGUAUGGCAAGGAUUAAAAAUACACAAGACAUAGAUAUUCAUGCAGCUAUGGACAACUAUGAAUCUAAUAUUUUUACUUUUUUAUAUCUGGUGUGUAUUUCAACUAAAACAGUUCGUAAUGAGGAGGAACAGGCUAUGGUUAACAGACAGAUAUACGGCUUGAUUCAGCUGGAUCCUAGAAUUCGGGAAGGGUCUAGCUUACUGCACCUAGCUGUAAAUUCUAAUACACCUGUGGAUGACUUUCACACCAACGAUGUAUGUAGCUUCCCAAAUGAGCUAGUUGUAAAGUUGCUGAUAGAUUGUGGUGCAGAUGUGAAUGCAGUGGACAAUGAGGGGAACACUCCUCUUCACAUAAUUGUGCAAUACAACAGACCCAUUAGUGAUUUUUUAACACUGCAUUCUAUUAUCAUUGGUUUGGUCGAAGCAGGUGCUCACACUGAUAUGACUAACAAACAGAAGAAGACUGCUUUGGAUAAAAGUACGACAGGCGUGUCAGAAAUACUUCUCAAAACUCAAAUGAAAUUGAGCCUCAAGUGCCUGUCUGCUAGGGCAGUUCGUGUAUAUGGCAUUAACUUUAAAAACCAGAUCCCCAAAACCCUUGAAGAAUUUGUACAAUUUCAUUAAUUUCCUUAUUGAGUAUUCUCAGAAAAUGGUGCCGCUAUUAACUUUUGUAAAUCUGUAAUUGUUGGUCAGAAAUUUUCUUUUAUUUCUUUUUUGCAGCAGUUUCUGUUCAUACAGAUUUAAAAAAUAUCAUGCUGUUUUUUUGAUUACCGAACUAAUAUUUAAUGCAGAAUGUAUGAAUUGUAUUAAGAAUGUCAUGGGUUGUUAAAGUGGAAAUUAUCUGUGACCAUUUGUUCUCAGAAAAUCACUUCCAUGGUGCAUGUAUUAAGUACUUAAGUAGCUUAUUUGUGUGCAUGUGGGAUUGUUGAAAGGACAUUUCAUUAAAAAAGCUAUCAGAAAGUU